UGCCUGCCUGCCCCAAGACGACCUGGAAGGAAGUGUGUGCCCUAGACUUCUGAAUGGAUUUUCCUAUUUCAAGGUCACUCAGCCCCAAUUCCUUCUGUCUCUUUGAAGUCAUGUGCAGGGGCCAGGGAGCCUGCCCAGAAGACCCCUACAGGCAGUAGGGUGCAGAGGUCAAGAAUCAAGAGGGGAGAAGGAAGAGAAGAGAAGACCCAGGACAAGGGGAGGAGGCAUCUUUGGGAUAAACAAGGAAAUGACAAUCUCCAGUCAGAGUGUGCCUAUGGGAUAAGAGGAACGGAGACAAGGACUUCGUGGAUGAGGACACGAGCAUCCUCGGGUUUGGAUGCCUGCAAUCCAGACACCACCCCUGAGCAUGUGGAGGGCCUGCUGUACAAGCAGCCCUGAGAUCUCGGAGUGAAAGAUCCCCAGGGAAGGUCUUCGUGGAGAAAGUAACAGCUGCAUCUGGCCACACAGCAAGUCUUCUGAGCUCUACCCACAGGCAGAUUUAAAGAGAUGAAGCGGAGACAGGACCCAAAGGGCAUCUUCCAAUGUAUGGUGUCCAUCACUAGGAACGCCAUCCUCACAACGCCCCAGGGCCCAUAAAGGAUGCCGGUCCGAGGAAGAUGCCCAGGAAAUGACACAUGGGGUCUCAGCAUUCCUCUUCUGCCCGUACAUUUUGUCAACGAAAGAAGGAUGGCAAUCCGGAGGACUUGCAGGCUGAGAGAGAGCAGGAGGAAGCCAUCGCUCAGUUCCCCUAUGUGGAAUUCACUGGGAGAAAUAGCGUCACCUGUCACACCUGCCAAGGAGCGGGCUACGUCCCAGCAGAGCAACUCAAUGAGUUGGUGGCUCUGAUCCCACACAGUGACCAGAGGCUGCGUCCUCAGAGAACUAAACAGUAUGUCCUCCUGUCUGUCCUGCUCUGUCUGCUGGCAUCUGGCUUGGUCUCCUUCUUCCUGUUUCCACAUUCAGUCCUCGUGGAUGAUAACGGCAUCAAAGUGGUGAAGGUCACAUUUAAUAAGCAGGACUCCCUGGUAGUGCUUGAUGUCACGGCCACCCUGAAAAUCAGAAACUCCAACUUCUACUCCGUGGCAGUGACCAACCUGUUCAGCCAGGUUCAAUACAUGAAAGCCGUGGCUGGCACAUACAUGACCACGAACAUCUCGGUCAUUCCCCCUCAGAGUGAGCACCUGGUGAAUUUUACAGUGAAGGCCGAGGUGGGAGGACCAUCUUCGUACUUGUACUUCUUCUGCACGGUACCUGCCAUCCUGGUGCACAACAUCAUGAUCUUCAUGAGGACUUCUGUGCAGAUUUCAUACAUUGGCCACACAUCCCAGAGCGCCGUGGAAACACAGCACUAUGUGGACUGCGGGGCGAAUUCCACGGUUGUUUAGAGCCUGCUGUUGGCUCUUCUAUGGCUGUGCCUGUAGAAGGAAGCUAACAUCUGUCCUCACAGCCCAGCCUCUGUCCGAGCUUGAUCCUGCAGGGUGUCAGCGGAGGGAGCGGUUCUCUUAACCCACGGAAAGCAUCCUUCCGCACUUAGGGGAGAGCUCUCUUCGCAGCAGCACCGUGAGCUUCUCUUGGAAUCAGCAAAAUCACUGCCCAGUGCCUAGUCCGUGCCUAGCAAAUGGCGCUCAAUUACAGUUUGAAGAAUUGAAUACAGAUAUUUUUGGCUGUUACUGAGUCUUUAUAAGUUGGGAUGAGCCAGGGUUCUAGCUGUUCAGACCAGAGUGACAUGAAGGUAGGGUGUUGGUGCAGCUGUAAAUGUAUGGAUGCCGCCUUCAUGUACACAGAAGCACCAGCAAGAGGGGCAUCCAGAGGACCUUCAAGGAGCCCCUUAGUGGCUGCAUUUAUUUCCAUCUGCUCCCUAAUGCCCAGGGGCUUUGCAGAAAGGUUUUAGUGGUGCCCCCUUUUUUCUGACAAAGUUUUUAUGUCCCAACCCCCACCCUGGUCUAUUUUAGGGCUUGAUGUACCUUUGAUCCACUGGCUGGACAUGGAUUGGGGAUUUGAUAGAAAAAUAAACCAUGCUUUUAAUUGA